AUGGGAAAACUUGUCAUGGAAUUAGGGAUGAGGCGGUCCUCUGGUCCGGACUUGAGGACCUGGUCUUUAGGCCCUGAACCAACCAGAAAUUCAAGAACGGUCGGUACCAGAAUCGGUGAGCUUGAAUGGAAAUAUUUAAAAAAAAAUCCUUCAUUUGUUGGAAUUGGAACCAGUGAAAUUUGA